UUCGACCCAACGCCGUGCACCUAAACUCUCACUCCGAGCGACUCCUUAUUUGCUAGGAAAAUCCAUCUCGCAUCGAUAGAAAUACAAUGGUUCAGCUCGAGGCCGUCCUAUCAUGGUGAGAUUGGUGCCAUCGGCGUCAUGAGCGUUUCGCUCUAGGUACGACUUGGUCAUUCCAACAGCUAGUUGCCAACGAAUAACAACGGAUUUUGAUGCAUUUGAUGGUCCACGUCCGGUGGGCCAUGCGGCAACAAUUAUAACUUGUCUCACAGCUUGCUACCAAUGACGGUCUUUGACGAAAAAGCUGUCCGUCGAGCACAAGUGGCGAAAUGAUUGCGGAUAACAUCGACCAGUUUGAACUUCCUGUAGGUAGUAUUCAUUGCCACACUGGAGGUGGCAACGAUUGCCUCGAAUAACCAAUAAAUUGACGUCCCCAAAUGGAGGAUAUCUUCUAGGACCUAUCUCCAAGCGUGUAUUCAACGUCAGCUCCAACAUUUGCCGAACCACAACCUACGGUUCAUGAGCGUGUCUUUGGUCCACAUUCCUCUAGCCCUUUCCCUUUUUUUUCUCCGGCUCUCCUAAACAACGGACGUUAUUUGUUUUGUUGUAGAACGACCUCAACACGUUCAAAAACAACUUCGCUGGCGUUCGAUAUGAUGUCAGACCUAUACUCAGUUAUGAUUUCAUAUCCACAUCGCGCCACACCAGCAACUAUAAAAGACUAAUUAUAAGACUUUCCCCUCCCACCUACCACAAAUAACAACUUUACAAACUUCGAACACCCCAUCAUGUCUGGUCUCAGCAACAAACAAGAAUUCACGAGAACGAUUGAAAGAACGAACCAAGGAAUAGUCGACGGUCGUCCGGAAGGACAAAACCCACCUAGAGCACCAGUCACACGCGACACCGUCGUCGACAAAGACGCUUCCCUAUCCGAGUCAUCUGGACCAAUGUAUACCUCAGCUUCCGACACACUAGGAGGAGCGACCUCUGCCGAUGUUACCCAAAGCAUGGGUUACCCAGGAAGCGGUAUGUCUUCGAAAGAGUUGCAUCAUGAUGGAAAGCCAGGAAGAAAGAGAGAUGGUCAAGGUGUUGACCAGUGGGGUCCACCAGGAGUUGCGCAGACCGAGUUGGAUAGAGCUCAAAGGGAGACAGGGAGAGAUAGGGAAGCGUUCGCGCAAGAUCAGUGA